AUGAACACCAUGUGGCUAGUAAUUGACCAAUCUGAUGUCACAACCUUUAUAUCUGAUCUGUUACAAAGUGAAAUUAUUGUCAGACUGUGGGGUCCUGUUUCUUCAUCUACGCUUGAGAGUGAAAACGAGGAAUUACAUUCACAGCGGGACCGGCUGAUUCAAGGAGGAGGAGGAGGAGGAAAACAGAGUCAGACAUCUCAGCUUUACAUAUCUCAACUGACCCAAACAUCAGAAAGUUUACCUGAUCAGAAUUUCUCUGCGGAAAUGGUUCAGCUGAAGGAAGAAAAUCAGAAACUUCGAGAAGAAAUGUCGAGAAGCCAGAGGCAAUUGUCUGAGACUGUGGAAUUGCAUCGAGUCAUUGAAGAAUUGCAGGAAGGGAAGAAAAGUGCAGAGAUAUUGACCAAAGACAUCCAGCAUCAGAUGGAGUUGAAAGACAAUACUUCAAGCUUAGAAAAACGGCAGAUGAAUGAUAAUCUGAAAAGACUGCAAGAAGAACGAGAUAAAUAUCAGCAGGACUUGGUACAAGUGCAAGGGGAACGGGACAGCAUGAAACAGGAUUUGGCCACUUACCAGGAGAGGUUGAAGAAUAUGGACAGGUUACAUCAACUUAAAAACAAUGACCAAGAUAGACUAAUAAGCCAGUUAAGAAUGGAAUUGGAGAAAGAACAAUCAACAAACAGAGAACUUCAAGAUUGUUUAUCUUCAGCUAAAAAACAAAUUUCAAAAUUACAAAACAAGGAAGAAGAGAUGAAAGCUGUGUUGGCUGAGCAGAAAAAUCUUCUCCAAGAAAACAAAUAUAAAAGAGACAAUUUACAGGAAGAGACAAAGGAGAAGCUUUUAUCAGCACAACAUGCCAAGGAACGUCUUGAAAGUGACCUGAAGACAUUGCAGUUGCAAAAAAGUGACCUAGAGAUUGAACUACGCCGUGAAAAAGAUAAAGUCAAGAUAUUCCAGAGAAAUUUUGAGAAACCACUAAAUGAUGACAAAGACUCUCUAAUCCACGACCUUCGAAUCAAAGAUGCUCAACUCCAAGGGAAAUUAGAACAAGAGAAACACAAGAGUGCUGUGAUGCAGCGACUUUUAGACGAACACAUGGCUCAUCCUAAUACAGAUGUCAGUACAGUAGUCAGAGAGGAAGAGAAAAUUCAGCAACCGACAGAAACAGUUGAACCAUUAAAGAUGACAACCGAAUCAAAACACAGAGACAUUGCACUUGAAGAAGAGAUCAAAGAGCUGAGGUUUCAACUGAAAAGGGAAAAAGAAUAUUGGAAUAAACGUUUGGAGCAAGAGAGGAAAAUGAUGAAAUCACAACUAGAAAAAGAGAGACAUAAAGUAAAGAUGUUACAGGAGAAACAGAUCAAUGCUGAUGUCAAAGUUGAAGAAGAGGAAGAAAAGAACCAUCUUCUUCAGUGUGAAAUUGCAGCUUUGAAAUCCAGAAUGAAACACAAAGACAAUAUGACUGGAAAUCAUCUUUCAUCUUCUCUCCCGCUACAUUCUGAUGUGGUAUUUGACGAUAGAUUCAAUGCAACGGAUGAUUUUAGAUACCAGAGACAUCCUCAGCUUGACAAACAACUCCGGAUUGAAUUAAGUAAAAAACUGGAAGAGGUAAACCAUUUCCUACAACAACAACACGAACAAUAUGAAAAACUGAUGACCGAGAAAGAGAACAGAAUUUCUGCUGACAAGAAUAAGUUACAGAGUGAAUUGAAUCAGAUGCGACUCAGCUACGAGAAUGCUUUAUCUACGAAAAGUCUGCAAGAACAAGAAGCAUUACAUUUCCGAGAACUCUACCUGAAAGAAUUAAGUCGUUAUCAAGGUGCUCAACCGAUCUUUUAUGGCGGAUAUGAUCCACUUUGGAGAUUUGCUUCAUUAAACUGUAGGAUCCCGGAGAAGUCUCCACUCGAUCUCAACAGUUCCAUUCUGAAUUCUUCAUCAAAGUUUCAUGCAAGAAAUGCCAGUAUGAAUUCUACACCAAGUGAAGUGGGUCAAAUUAACCAGGAAUACAACGAUGUCUAUGGCAAACUCAAAGAAGAGAUGCAUCGAAGCAUUAAAAGACAUCUGGAAGCACCUCCUUUUGAUGAACAACUGUCAAGUGACCCUACAUAUAUGAAAAUGUCGCCGUUGACUGUACUACAAGGUUCUGCCGUAAAAUCUUUGGGACUGAUUGAGUUAAACAAUGCCUUGUCUAAGUCGAAAGCAGAAUAUUUAACUUUGAUGAAACACAAAUAUUGUUUAUGAAAUAAUGUUUAUCCAGUCUCGUUGCUGUGUUACCGAUUCCACAGACGUUUCACAUCACCCUUGUUAUGAUUUCACAAGGUUUCGCUUGUUUAUCACCAUUUCCUCAUUUAACUUUCUUCAGCUAAAAUCUAAGGCUAACAACAGCAAGAACAACAAUUAUCCUCCCUAAUGUCGUUUUGUUAGAAUUAAGUUCUUGAAGUUUUCCUACCAACAUCACACAUUGACAGAAUGAUCGGUUCAUAAGAAAACAUACAUAAAUAACCUACACACAUAUACAUGAAAUAAUAUCGCUGCAAUAAAACAUAAUCGAUUUUUUAAAUAUUUUAGAUAAUUUGUGAUCUGUGGGAGGGAGGGGGGCUGUCAUUACUUUUAACCAGAAGAAUUAGGUUUUUGUCUAUCUUCAAAACAGAAUCGUGUUCCUCAGAAAGGAUUUAGAAUACCAUAAAAAUAUUCCUGUUUUUUUAAAUUAAAUAUUAGAUUCUGUAAGUUAAACAAACUUUUCCUUCUACGAUUGAAUUCUGUUCGAUUAAGUAAAACAAAACUGUCAAAGGUGGCUGACAGGACGAUGGCAGUUACCUCCCUUCGUUCACUCUAUCAACCGCUUGACUUGUUUGAAUUUUGUACGGGUCUUUCAGAUAUAUCAUGUCAUAUCAGAGAGAGAGAUUAAAACAGGGGAAGACAUUUCCAGCCACUUUAGAAAGGCUGAAACCGCAUAUUCAACUGCAGUUUAUGCCGUAAUUUUAGUGGCUUUCCAAAUUGAGCACUCAGAGAACAUACCUUUUAGCUUGGAUCACCCUGGCGAAAACUACUCAAAUGUUCUAACACACACACACACACACACACACAGCGAACCCUGGUGCGGUCUUCUGCCGAGCCAGCUCCUGUCAAGCCGUCCAACCCAUGCCAGCAUGGAAAACGGGCGUUAAUAAUGAUGAUGAUGAUAUCUAUAAUUGUUCUGCUUGAAACCACUAAUGUAUUUUGAUCAAAGUUUGUGUACCUCUAGAUUUAGUUAUAUUUAAAUUGAAGAAUUUACUUUUAGCUAAUUUCUUCCUCAGAGUUACAGUUGAUUUAAUGAGACAAUAGUCCUUCCAUUCGCUACACUUAUAGAUUUCUUAAAGAACUGGUUCUCAUCUGAAAAAAAUCCUCAAAUACAAUGCUAUGCUGCUACCAGAAGGAAUUUUUCAUUCCUUUCUUUCACAUUUGCUCAGACUGGCAACUUUUGCCAAAUUAAUUAUUCUAAUUGCUUUGAAAGUUUGUCUAUCAACCAAUUUUUAGUUAUGUCCAGAUGCUAAAAUUAAAUUUUCCAUUUUUGUCAAUGCUAAAUUCUUGACUUUUAAUGAAAGUUUGAUCUGAUGGUUCAAUUUCUGUAAAUGGCAGGAAAGUUUUAUAUUGUAACGUUACUAUCAAAGACAGACAACAGCUCCAAGUAGGGCGGGAAGAAAAUGAAUGAAGGAACCAACUCCCAAAUCAGUAAGUGCUAUAAAAGAUCUCAUAUUGCCAAUUACUUUAGCUGUGUGGUUAGUUUUGACUCCAAAUCAGAAUGAUUGCAACAGAAUUCUAGUCUGACCCAUUCUGAAGAAUCUUUAGUCUCUUAGAUUCGACUGAUUCUUAACACAUCCAAUUUUUCGAGUUUCGAGAUUAGAAUUCUAUACUUGCUCUGUAUUCUAUAGAAACCAAUUUUUAUAUCAGAUAUUUUAUGUAAUUUAAUGCUAAAAAUUAAUUAUAAUUAAUUAUUUCUUAUCAAAAUAUUAUUAACAUCAUUUGACACAUUCCAUCUCACUGUACGUGGGCUUUAAAUUGCCUUUAAUAUUAAUAUUUCAAUUAAGAUGAUGAGCUCACAGAACCAUUAGUGACAUUUCAUCUGUCUGUUCUGAGUUCAAAGUCUGCUGAGGUCAAUUAUGCCUGUCAUCCUUUCAGGGCCGAUAAAAUAAGUACCAGUUGUAGACUGGGAUUGAUGUAAUUAACUAUCCGCCUCCUCCAAAUAUCAGGUCUUGUGUCUAUAGUAGAAAGGAUUAUUAUUAUUAUUAUUAUUAUUAUUAUUAUUAUUAUUAUCAUUAUUAUUACAGACAUCACACAGUAUACAAUAUCGUGAAGUUGUUGAUUGAAGAUAUUGUGUCUACCAGUGGUUUGUACUGUCUGUCAAGUCACAACAAGGACCUCAGACAGGGAGUACUUUACACAAUAAACGUGCAGCUCCAAGUGAUGCCGACUUUUGCAAUAGAUCAGUUUGUAGGGUAUCUCUAAGGUUUGCAGAUGUUUUUUUUUUUUCAGAUUGGGUGGUAUUGAACCCAAUGCUCCAAUGAUAGCGGACACCUACAUUCGAUGAGGUGUCACACCGGUAAGUGCAAUGCUCUUUUUCGUGCCCCAAGUCCUGCUAGGCUCCCG